AUGUCCUCCACCGACUCCACCAACAACAACAACAACACCACCACCACCACCACCACCUCCACCCUCAAAUCCUACGUCGACCAAGCAACCGGCAUGGUCCAACGCGCCGCAGGCUCCCUAACCGGCGACUCCUCCGCUCAAGGCGAAGCCGAACACAACGCCAGCCACAACAACUUCACCAAGCUUGGUCCCGUGACCGCCGACCCUGCCACGGGCGCCGCCGCCACAGACCACCCGCAGCGCAGCAACGGCAGCUGGGACCAGACUGUGGGCUCGGCGAAGGAAUCUUUGGGCAAUUUGAUUGGCAAUGAGGGGUUGAGGAAGGCCGGCCAGGAGCAGAAUGCGGCGGGAAAGCAGGCUGAGGCCGAGGGCCAGAUGAGAGAUUGGAAAGAGGGUGUUGAGGGUAGGGCCAAGGGAGCCGUUGGGAAGGUCGCUGCUGCGGCGACGGGUGAUGAGGAGGAAGAGAGGAAGUGGAGGGAUGUGCAUGAUGAGGGGAAGGUUAGGCAGAGGGGCGUGGAGAGCGAGGUCCAGAAGAGAUAUUAA